AUGCCGAAUCGGGCCGGUAGUUCCAGAGGAAUCGGUGCCUGGUAUCACCGAGACCGGCGUCAAACUGGCGGAAGCCACACUGAUCGAGUUUCCGCCGAUGGAGGCCGUGUCCUGGUUUUUCCAGGCGAGUACAGCCAUUGGUUGAACAUGCGUAACAUCAUGGAGGAGCUGGUGAGGAGGAACCACUCCGUCACCGUUUUAGUUGCUGAUGCAUCUCCAUCAGUCAACUACAACAGCAGCCGUGAUGCUACGAAGUUCAACUUCCUUGUUUUCGAGGUCCCGUUCAGCCGAGCUGAGCUUCACGGCCUCACCGAGGAGUUCGUCCACUUCUCCAUGUACGAUUCUCACGCCUCGUCUUCUCUCAGGAUAUUUUUGAAGACGCUCGAUUGGAUGCAACGGUCCGUCAGCUUCGGGAUGCGACAGUGUGACUCCAUGUUAAAGAACGAGCAGCUGAUGAAAAAACUGCGGGAUGCUUCAUUUGACGCCGUCCUGCUCGACCCGAUGACGAUGUGUGGCGAUCUGGUGGCCGACGUGCUCGGCCUGCCCCUCGUCGUCUCGCUUCGCUUCUCGUUCGGCGGCGUCCUGGAGCGACACUGCGGCCAUGCGCCGGCACCGCCAUCCUACGUCCCAGCGGCUCCGCUGCCAUACGGCGACCGCAUGACGUUUGUGGAGAGGCUGAUCAGCGCGGUGACGUACGUGUGGAUGUCAGUGGUGACCGAGAUGCUCUGGAGGCUGACUCUGGAUAACUACUAUGGCGAGGUCAAAGGAAGUCCCAGCAGCAUCUGCAGGACUCUAGGCAAGGCUGACAUCUGGCUCAUCAGGACCUUCUGGGACCUGGAAACACCACGCCCGACCCCGCCCAACUUCAAACACGUGGGUGGUCUGCACUGCAAGCCGGCCAAUCGGCUGCCAGAGGACCUGGAGGAAUUCAUGCAGAGUUCUGGUGAAGCUGGUGUGGUGGUGGUUUCCUUCGGCUCCAUGGUAACCAACCUAACGACAGAGCGUGCUGAUGUCAUUGCCACCGCUUUCGGACAAAUCCCACAGAAGGUGAUUUGGAGGUUCGGUGGAGAAACUCCUAAAACUUUGGCAGCGAACACGAAGCUUUCUGAUUGGAUCCCUCAGAACGACCUGCUGGGUCAUCCAAAGACCAGAGCGUUUGUGACGCACGGGGGCACCAAUGGCCUGUACGAGGCCGUGUAUCAUGCCGUGCCCAUGGUAGGAAUCCCGCUCUUUGGUGAUCAGCCCGAUAAUCUCGCCCGUCUGAGCCGCCACGGCGCCGUGGUCGUCCUCGACUUCAACCGUAUGACCUCUGACGAGCUGGCAGAGGCGCUGCGCGCCGUUAUCAACAAGCCAAGCUACAAGUCCAGUAUGAAGCAUCUGUCCGCGCUGCACCACGACCGGCCGGCGUCCCCGCUGAGCACUGCCGUCUUCUGGGUGGAGUUUGUGAUGAGGCACGGUGGAGCGCGACACUUGCGGCUGGCGUCACAUGACCUGAACUGGUUCCAGUAUCACAGCGUAGACACUGGAGCCGCUCUGCUGGUUGCCUCGAUGACUGCCGCCACCCUCUGCUGGGUGGGCAUUCGCCGCUUCCUGCGACGCUGCAGCAGGCGACGAGAAGAGAAGAACAACUGAAGAUACGAUGGUUUUAUUCCAUCAGAAAAUAUUAAACCUUUGAUUUAAUCUUAAUAAUCAAAAUAUUUCUUCAUUCAAACAACAGUUUUCUUUACAGGCACACAAACACUUACUGUGUCACUGCACUGCCUCACCAGUAGGUGUCUCCAGGUGUCUGAUU